AUGAAUGACUGCAUUCUUGGCCACGAACAAUGUUCCAAUCAAAGCAAAGCCACACUACCUACACGAGUACUCGAUCUAGGAAACACAAAUGAAUCCAUCAGACUAAUAGAAACUCAUGAAUUGGCAGGCCCAUACAUCUGCCUCAGUCACUGUUGGGGAGGUCACUCGACCAUUUUGUGUACGAGGAAAACCUAUGCCGGCUAUCAAGACAACGUGCCUUGGGAUACUCUACCCCUGUUGUUUCAGGAUACAGUGAAGGUAUGCCGCAUGCUUGAUGUCCGAUAUCUAUGGAUCGACAAGCUUUGCAUCAUUCAACACGAUGCAGAUGACUGGGCGAGGGAAGGAUCCAAGAUGGCGCAAGUGUUCGAGAACUCUCUGCUCACAAUUGGAGCAGCCAUCUCCAAAGGUGACACAGAUUCACUGUUUUUCGAAGACAAGAAGCGCAUUGCCAGCUUGAGAAGCCAUGUCGCCAAUGCAUCUACAUCGGGGAACAUCAGCGAAAAUUACCCCCUCAUGUCACGAGCCUGGGUUUAUCAAGAGAGGUUGCUAGCACCACGCAUCUUGUACUUUGGUGAAGAGUUGAGCUGGGAAUGUCGACAAGCUUCAGCCUGUGAGUGUUCGGAAGCAAGUCAGGGCAUAAAGUUUGAUCACAGUUCGUCCCUUCUACCUGGAUGUUCUACACAGAAACUUCACCUGCAUUGGCAAGAUAUUGUCCAAGAUUUCACGUCGCUCCAGCUCAGUCAUGAAGAAGACCGUCUGCCAGCCAUCUCAGGUCUUGCGCAGCAGUAUCAACGCCGUCUGGAGAGUGCAUAUCUGGCCGGUCUCUGGGAAGACAAUAUUGUGGUUGAUUUGCUUUGGCAUGCUUUCCCUGAGGAUGGCAGCGGAGUGGAACGAUAUAAGACCAAGAAACCGAAGAAGUGGCGCGCCCCAUCUUGGUCAUGGGCAUCGAUUGAGGGUCCAGUCCUAUUC